AUGGUGGUGGGCCCUCAACUAGAAGUAGGGCAAAGUGCAAGGGUAAAGAUGCAAUUGCCAAUAAAGGAUUGGUUGGUGAAAACAGUACAAGAUGAGCAUAAAUGUUUGCAAACAAGGGCGGUUAAAGCUUGUACUUCCAGAUACGCAGCAAACUUAAUUGUUCAACAAAUACAGAGUAACCCUAAAAUUCCAGUGAAAGCUUUACACGAAGAGUUGUGCAAGAAAUUAGAGGUAGGAAUGUCAUUGCAAAAGGUUGCUAGGGCAAAGUCAAUGGUUGAGCGUAUCAUUAGUGGGGACUACCAAGUACAAUAUGGAUUUUUGAGGGAUUAUGUGUUGGAGCUACUCAACACUAAUCCUGGUACAACAGUUCGGAUUGAUGUGUAUCCAGAAACCUCCCUGUCUAUGACCACAAGAACUUUUAGAAGAAUAUAUAUCUGUUUAGGUGCAUUGAAGUUAGGAUUCAAAUAUGGGUUAAGAUAUUUUCUAGGUCUAGAUGGUACUUUCAUGAAGGGCCUUUACCCUGUGCAAGUGUUAACUGUUGUAGGGUUGGACUCAAACAAUGGCAUAUACCCUGUAGCAUAUGCAGUGAUAGAGACAGAAUCAACAAGUAAUUGGACCUGGUUCUUGGAACUGUUAGGAGAAUAUCUGGAUCUGGGACCAAAUUCAAACUUUUCCUUCAUUUCAGAUAGACAAAAGAUGUGUAUCACCUAA